AUGCCGCCGCAAACCGAUAUUCCCACUUUCGCAGCCGCCCAGCUGUCCCUGCUCGACGCCGAGCUGCAGGCCGAGCUGCAAGAGACGGCCCUGCUGCUGUCCGCGCACCCGCCCCAGACGCUCCAGCGGGCGGGCCUUGCGAUCCUCAACCUGCAUAUCUCCUCACAGCGCACGGGGCUGGGCGGCAAGACGGUGGUCGAGCUCGAGCUGGACCCUGCGGUAAAGGGCGCCGGCGCCGAGCUGCCGGAACACGGGAUCCGCACUGGAGACAUCGUGGGUGUGCAGGAGCAGCCCGCCGGCAGCGCGAAGAAGAAGGAGAAGAGCGACCUGAAGAAGAGCGGCGUCGAUGGCGUUGUGCUGAAGGCGACGGCCACGACGGUCGCCGUGGCCCUGGAUAAGGAGGACGCCGACGUGCCGCAGGGGAAGCUAUGGCUAGUCAAGCUUGCCAAUGAUGUCACGUACAAGAGGAUGACACAGACCAUGACCCGGUUGCAGAAGUUCACGGACUCGGAAUAUACGCCCUUCAUCCGCGCCCUCUUCGGCCUAUCGUCGCUUUCGCCUUUGCCGAAGGACUUCUCGGAAGUUGGCCUCGACAAGCUCCAAUGGAUCGACCCGACCCUCAAUGAGUCGCAGAAGGACGCCAUCCGAUUUGCCAUGGCUUCUAGGGAGGUCGCACUGAUCCACGGCCCGCCAGGCACCGGUAAGACUCAUACAUUGAUCGAACUGAUCCUUCAGCUCCUUAAACAGGACCUGCGCCUCCUUGUAUGCGGCCCGUCUAACAUUUCCGUCGACAACAUUGUGGAGAGACUGGCUCCGCACAAGGUCCCCAUCAUUCGGCUGGGACAUCCCGCGCGCCUGCUGCCGUCGGUGAUUAACCACUCCUUGGACGUCCUCACGAGGACGUCGGAUGCUGCGGCCAUCGUGCAGGACAUCAGAAAGGAGAUGGAUGCGAAGCAGGCGAGUAUAAGAAAGACGCGAAAUGGACGCGAGCGCAAAGCCAUCUAUGGCGAGAUGAGAGAGCUGCGCAAAGAGUUCCGCGAGCGCGAGCGCAGGUGCGUGGACCAGCUGGUAAGGGGCAGCAAGGUGGUCCUCGCGACAUUGCAUGGUGCGGGGGGCUUCCACCUCAAAGACCAGCAGUUCGACGUGGUGAUCAUCGACGAGGCUAGUCAGGCACUCGAGGCGCAGUGCUGGGUGCCUCUGCUGUCGGCCAAGAAGGUAGUUUUGGCUGGCGAUCACCUGCAGUUACCCCCGACGAUCAAGUCGUUGAAUAGCAAAGCGCAAAAGGAGGCCAAGACAAGCGAGAAAGGUCUUACGUUGGAGCAGACGCUCUUUGACCGGCUGCUCGCGCUGCACGGGCCAUCGAUAAAACGCAUGCUCACGACGCAGUACCGGAUGCACGAGAAGAUCAUGGCCUUUCCGUCACAAGAGCUCUACGAGUCCAAGCUCAUUGCUGCGGACUCAGUCAAAGCGCGCCUCCUGGCCGAUCUGGAAUAUGAGGUUCAGGAGACCGAGGACACCAAGGAGCCCGUGGUGUUCUGGGACACGCAGGGUGGCGACUUUCCAGAACGCAGCGAGGACGAGGGCUCGGGCAAGAAGGCGUCGCUAUUGGGCGACAGCAAGAGCAACGAGAUGGAGGCUGCGCUGGUCCGGUUGCACGUCGGGCGGCUGGUCGAGGCAGGCGUGAGACCAGAGGACAUUGCGAUCGUGACACCGUACAAUGCACAGCUGGCAGUGCUGUCUCAACUGCUCAAGGAGCAGUACCCGGGGCUCGAGCUGGGCAGCGUGGACGGGUUCCAGGGCCGCGAGAAGGAGGCGGUGGUGGUCAGCCUGGUGCGCAGCAACGCGGAGCACGAGGUGGGCUUCCUGGGCGAGAAGAGGCGGCUCAAUGUGGCCAUGACUCGCCCGAAGCGGCACCUCUGCGUGAUCGGAGACUCGGAGACGGUCGGACGGGGCAGCAAGUUCCUCAAGCGCUGGAUGGACUUUCUGCAGGAGCAGGCGGACUUGCGAUACCCGGAUGCCGCGGAGCUGUACGGAUGA